AUGCGUAAACGAGCUCCAACAAUCCUUCCUUCCGCCAAUCAAUUACCAGCUGCCAGUACUCACUUCCAAGAAAUCACCGUUCAACUACUGUCACAAGAAACAACCUCUCCUCUUCAAAACAACAUUUCCUCUUAUUUUUCUCGCAUGAAUGGACCUGUCUCUUGUCGUGCCUGUGGUGAGCGUUCGAAAAAACUAUUAUUCUCGUUCGGAGAGAAUAUUUAUUGUAAACGUUGUGCCUACGAUAUGGAACGUAUCUAUUUACAAAGUUUUCGACAACGAGAAGAAAUGAGAGAACGAGGAAAGAAAGCUUAUGAAGUUGACAUGCAAAUUGAAAAGAGCAAGGAUGCAAUUUCUCAACCUCCAGUCAUGAAUCAUCCUGUUAUGAAUGUAAUGAGACGUGCGAGUAUCAUUUCAGCGAAUUUUCCAGAACUGUUUUCUGGAAUUGGGAAUUCACCUUCUCAUGUGACAUCUGGAAGUGUGGGAUCUUCCGGUUUUACAUCUACGACGACUUCAUUGAAUCCAAUGGUUUUGAAUUUGAUGAAUAAUCCUUCCAAGAUGUCACAGUAG